AUGUUCAGUUCCUCUGAGGAGAUAACGCCAGGAAUCACAAAGGAAGAGUAUCAUCAACGGCGGAAACGACUUAUAGAUUCAAUUCCUGAUUCAAGUCUCGUCAUUCUUCGCGCAGCCAGUGUCAAGUACAUGUCAAAGAAUAUCUUCUACCGCUUUCGCCAGGCCUCCGACUUCUGGUAUCUCACCGGAUUCGAAGAGCCCGAUGCAACAGUCGUCUUGCAAAAGGAUAAAUCCUCUCGGGGUUACCGCAUGACGUUCUUCUGCGCAGAAAAACUCCGAAAAAGGAACUUUGGGAAGGACCUGUCGCCGGCAUACACAAUCGACAAACUACCCUCCAAACUAGCGCCAAUGGUGUCUGCUUCGAACUAUAUCUAUGCUGAUCUUACAUCACUUUCUCGCUACAAACGAUUACCUCCUACCAACGUGCGGUCGUGGUUCAACCCAGGCACAAAUCUCUAUCCACAGUCGAAUACUCAGGGUAACGACGUAGAUAGCAUACUACACGCCAACGGAGUCGAGAAAUGCAGGGAUCUGGGUAAGCAUGUAGCAAAAUUCCGAUUGGUUAAAAGCCCGGCGGAGCAACGUCUCAUGAAAGGUGCUGCACUGAGAAGCGCAAGAGCCCAUGCAAUGACGAUGCAAUUUGCGCGCCCAGGUCUUUCCGAGGCGGAUCUAGAGGCUCACUUUCAAUAUAUCUGCGCGGUAUCCUUUGACGCAAAGGAUGGGCUUGGGACGAACGGAUGUCAGCGUCCCGCCUAUGUACCCGUCGUAGCUUCUGGGCGCAACGCGCUUACUAUCCACCAUACCACAAAUAACCAAGCCAUCCAAAAUGGUGAACUUGUACUCAUUGACGCUGGUGGAGAAUGGAAUGGAUAUGCAUCGGACAUUACGCGCACGUUUCCUGUAUCAGGAACGUUUACGCCAGCGCAAAGGGCCCUCUACCAGGCUGUUCUCAACGUCCAGAAACAAUGCGUCUCGCUCCUCUGCACCGGUUCAACUGCACCUUCUGCAUCAGAUGCUUUAUCUGGAGGGCAAGAGGCUAGGGUAUCAUUAUCGGCGCUCCACCGGCUCUCCAUCCGACUACUCACUGAAGAGCUAGUAAAGAUUGGAUUCAGCUUUAGCAGCUUUGGUCGCGAAGUUGAAGAUAUCCUGUACCCUCAUCUUGUCGGUCACGGUGUGGGUAUUGACUUGCACGAGUCGACGGGCAUGAGUAGCGAAGAGCUUCUCGCUGGACAGGUCGUGACGGUCGAACCUGGCGUAUAUGUCCCAGCCGACAACCGCUUCCCUCGCGAGUUUCACAAUAUCGGCAUUCGCAUCGAGGACGAAGUCUUGAUUCAAAAGGAUCAUGGGGUCGUCCUCUCUGUUGACGCUCCAAAGGAAAUUGUUGACGUGGAAGCAACUUGUCAAGGGCUCGUGCAUAUCAAGUGA